AUGGAGUCGAGAUCGGGGCCUCGCCUCCGCUUCCCGCGGCAGCAGUUUGGUCGUGCAGGCAGCGGCGGAGCGGACCGCAUCAGCGCCCUACCUGACGACCUGCUACUCCUCGUCCUCGCCGGCCUCCACUGCACGCGCGCAGCCGCCCGCACUGGCGUCCUCUGCCGUAGGUGGCGCGGCCUUUGGGCCCGCCUCCACCAGAUCGUUCUCCGCGAUGUCGCUUUCGACUCAAUCGAACCGGCGCUCGGCCGCGUCUCUCCCGCGGUCUCCCUCCUGGAAAUCCACGUCCCCGCUGAGAGAUCAUCUUAUAGUCCCCGCGUCAACUCGCUGCUGCGCGCGGCCGCAAGGCUUGAGCCGGAGGAGCUCUUCCUCGACCUCUCAUCGGCCUUGAUCGGCGAUUCCUUAGUCAUCGUUCUGCCUUGCUUCCACCGCACCAGUUCCAUCACAUUGGGCCUUUUCUCCGACAUACAUGUGCCGGCUGGCGUCGAGUUCACCGCACUUGAGACGCUGUACCUGGGAUCCUGCAUCGACGCCCUCGACUCCUUGCUCUCCAGCUGCCCGCGCCUGCGCACGCUCCAUCUCAGCGGCACUGUGUUGAAUGAGCCAUAUGUGAGGGUCAACUCGGCGACACUGCUGGAGCUUGUCGUGGACAACAAACGGACACACAGUAUCAACAUUGUUGCCCCUCUGCUUAAGUAG